UCAGCCAUACGUGUCGAAAGAACCGUUGUUUCUACGGCUGAAAAAGAACGUAUUGGACCAAUGAUGUCCUCAGUAACCACAUACGAACAAUCACCAUCAACAAUCUGGCCAUCAAUUACAUCACCAGCUGCAGCUCGUACCGAUACUUUAGAUCCAAUUCAAUCGGUACGAGCAUCUUCUUCAUCCAAGUCUUCGAUGGAUAUUGCCGCCUUUUCCAACGUUGACGAUGAUGGCCUCACUAGUUUGAGUUGGCUUCAAAAUCUUAACAUGUGUAUGACUCGUUUAGGAGCGCCAACGCCACCCACACCGCCGGCCAGUCCAGUCUGUUUUCCUCUCAAUUCACAAACAUCAGUAACCGCUUGUCAAAGCAACAAUGGUAUUAUACAGCUUCAAUCGCAGUCAAAAACAACAACAACAACAACAAAAAUUCCAUCAUCGGUGUCAAUCAAGUCAGUCAAAUUGACAUCCAUCCCGAGUCACAAAUCAAAAGCAAUCUCCAGUUCAUUUCCAGAAAGCAGCCAUAAUUCCCUUACUCAAGCCAUUAACAUCGGCAAAGUCGGUUUGUCCAAUGAAAAGAUUUUCUUGUCCAACGGAAAUGCAUCCAAAAUGGCCAAAUCGAGCCGAACAACCAAUAACAUUCAUCAUUCAUCAACCGAUAUAUCGGUGAUUGGGGCCAAAGAAAAGACGACGACGACGACAACAACAACGAGUAGCAAUAAAAAGAAAUCGAGUAAUCGAAAAUCGAUGGCCAAUAAUAUUAAAUAUAGCAAAAAGAAUAGAGCCAACGCCGGUAAUAGCAACAGCCAGCAGCAAUCGAAUGGCAAUUCGAAUGCACCAUCAUUGAAUACAUCAUGCUACCAGCAGCCACAUGACCCCCAUGAUGGCCAUCAUCAACUACAGGAAUCACAAUCUACCAUUGUCGACUAUAAAGUGAAUGGCCAGAUAAAACCCCCAUUUUCAUAUGCAACGCUCAUCUGUAUGGCAAUGAAAGCCAAUAAGAAUAAAAUGACGCUCAGUUCCAUCUACAAAUGGAUCAAAGAGAAUUUUCUCUACUACAAAAAUGCCGAUCCAAACUGGCAGAAUUCAAUUAGGCACAAUCUUUCAUUGAAUAAAUGUUUCAUCAAAAUUGCCCGCAGCAAAGAUGAACCGGGCAAAGGUGGUUUCUGGAAACUGGAUCCCGUCUAUGCAAAUAGCCUCGUAGAUGGUGUUUUCAAGAAACGACGACCAACACUAAAUGCAAGUCAUAUGAAUGGUAAUUGUAGAUCGAAUAAAAACACCAGCACAAUACAAGAAAAUGGAUCGAUUGUUGGAACCAAGAAAAAGCGUAAAAAGCGUCAAUCAAGUGGAUCGACAGCUUGGUUACAUUCUGCUGGCUGCAUUAAUGGUCACAACGAAUCGUCCUCUCAGUUAUUUAUGGGUUAUAUAGAAGCGACAACUUCCUCCAAUCUUUCCAGCCAUCGAGAACCAAGCAUUGAACAGGAAACUCCCCCAAAUUCGGCUGAAUCGUACAGCCAGCAGCAGCACAAAAUAAUGAUGGACAUGAAUGAAUUGAACACAGCUAUCGACAAUAUCGACAAGAAUAAUGUGGUCUGUUCUGAUACUAGUUAUCCUAGCUAUACAUUCUCGUCUACAGUAGCCAAUCUGGUCGAAUGCGACACUAGCAGUAGCAACAACAACAAUACGGCAAGCACUACCGCCACUGUCGGAUUCGGAAAUGAAGUGUGUGUCCAAAAUGUACAGGAUAUGAUUGAAACCGAUUGUUGGAAUACUAUACUUACUGAUGUCGAUCUCUCUGAAUUGGUCGAUCCGAUUACUUAUACCGAUUCAGUGGCACAAAUCAUCCAUCCGAUCGAGAGUGAUAAUAGUCUGGUAGCCGUCAAUUCUAGUAGUCCUAACCCAGAUGAAACAAGCAGUAACAGUAUUAAUGUCAAAAACAAUCAGCCAACCGGUACAGCUCAACUAAGACCAAAUGAAUUGGAUACUAGUAAUCUACUUGAUGAAAGCCAUUUCUUCUACGAUCAUCGAAUCCAUGGCCUAGUGUUCAAUGCCAAUGUACCGACCAAUGUUCAACAUCAGGUUAUUUCGGCCACUUCGAAUGUGGUUACCUGUAUCAACGACACAAGUGAUCUGAUUGUCACGGAUCAUUGGGACAAUCAUUGGACUUCAUACACAUCGAAUGAUGAUGGUUCGACCGUUCAAUUAGAUUGCGAUCCAAACACUUCCACCGAAUUGAUACUGGGUCCUCUCGAACAAAGUGAAGUAGUAAGAUUAAACGAAAUUCAAGUGCUUUCCACAACCGAUAAUCAAAUUGAAGAACGGACCGGAUAUGUAACCACCACUGCAUCAGUUAUGCCUAAACAACCAUCAAAUAAUGAAUCGAUCACGACGAUCACUGAUUCAUCACCCACCUCAACUAUAACGACUAUAGUGGGAAAUUUUGAUCCGACGCCUCCAACGAAUUCUAUUCAAAUCUGGGAUUGUGGAAAAGCUCUAAUGCAAGUGGAUGCAAACGCACUCGAUUUGUUUCACACUAUAGAUGUCGAACAAUUGCCGCAAUUUUAAUAUACUCGAGAAGUCUGUCUGUGGCGUGAUUUUGUUUCUGUACAUAAAUCUAUCUAUAUAUUCUAUCUAUAUAAUAGAAAAGAAUUUGACCAUCCGAACAUUUACUUUCAACUUUGCUUAUUUUUGUUCGCUUAUUAUUAAAAAGUGAAAUUGUCAAAAAAAAGUUAUUUUCUCUUU